AUGAAGUUCGUCUAUGCUGUGUGCAUCUGGAUUUGUCUGUCAGGGUGUGGACAUUCAGCUGCUGAUAAGAUUACUGAAGGAGCUCAAGUCACAAUUACCUGUACUCAUGGAUGGGCUUCAAAUAACAAUAAGUAUUUCUGCAGAGAUCCAUGUAAUGAUGAAGAUAUUCUAGUAUCAUCUGAUCGGUCACCUAAUAGUAGAUUUAGACUGAAGGAUUUUGGGACAGGGAAGUUCACAGUGACCAUCACUGAUAUACAGGUGUCAGACUCUGGGAUUUACUGGUGUGGACACAGUUUUUCAGCAGGAGGUGAGCUCCUGGCUCGUUGGUGUUUUAAGCCCUCAACGAAGCCUUCAAGGCACUCCCCAUGCCCUGAGAGUUUCAGCCAACCACAGCACUGCCAGCUUAAGCUCACCAUUGCUCAGGGAACCUCAUGUAUGCAGAAUCUCCUUGACCAGAUAGAGAAUAUUACUGUUCUCAAUUUAACGAAUGUUACCAUGUUCAUGGACAAGGUUUUCAGCACUUCAGAGAAGAUAAACACAUCAUCAGUUGACCCAAAGAAACUAGCGUCAGAUGUGUUAAAAGCCAGUGAGAAGCUUGUGUCAGUGUUAGUGAAGACAACAAACACCUAUGAAAAUGUCAGUUUCACUUGUGCAGCUGUGGAGGCGCAAGUGUUUGUGGUUGGACCACAGGCCAAAAUUGAUAAAAUCCCUCAGCUCCACACAUCAAAUGCUUCUAUAGAAAUUGAUCUUAUUGGGAUCGCCAGGAACAAUUUGAAUUCAGCUGCUGUGGCUUUCAUGAGUUACAACACAAUGGAGGACCUACUGAAACCAGACUUCUUCAACACAUCAGAUGACACAAAUAAAACAAUGAUGUCCACUGUCAUCUCAGCUACUCUUCCUACAACCACCAACACAACCCUCACCAAACCAGUUAACUUCACCCUUAAACACAUCAGAGAGAUAAACGACAGUGGUAAUCUUUCCUGUGUGUACUGGAACAUCAGUGAGUGGAUUGUAGAUGGUUGUUCUGUUGUAAAGAUCAACAGCAGCUUCACUAUGUGUUCAUGUCUUCAUCUGUCAACAUUUGCGCUUAUCAUGCAAACCAGCAGAAGCCCAUCAGAGCCGAUGGAGUUGAUGAAUAUGGUGUUUGUGAUCGUGGGUCUGGUGUUUACUAGUUUGGCUCUGUUGACUUUUGCUUUCUGUCGAUGGAAACCUGGAGUGAACAAUGUAGCUCGAAUCAACCUCUGCAUCAGUCUGCUGUCUGCUCAUCUUCUGUUCUUACUCACACAACAAUUCAUCAAUCUCAUAAAACCUCACAAGGAGUUGUGUGCUGUGAUAUCAGGAGCUCUUCACUUUUUCUUUCUCUCCUGCUUUGUGUGGAUGUUCAUUGAAGCUGUGCUGCUCUUCAUCUGUGUGAAGAACCUAUCACAGAUCAGCUCCAGACAGAGGGCGGUGCUUAACAAGGGAUUCUUGAUUGUGAUUGGUUAUGCGGUUGAUUUUGUUAUAGUGGGCGUGUCUGCUGGAGUGGUUCCUGAAGGCUACGGCAGUGAACAAUGCUGGAUUAAAGUGGAGAGAGGCUUCGUCUGGAGUUUUCUGGGACCUGUUUGCUUCAUUCUUGCAAUAAACAUAAUACUCUUUAUCAGUAUCUUCAUCAGUCUGAACUUAACUCUUAAAAACCUCAACCUUGACGUUUCACACAUGAGACAAACCAAGAUUACGGUUUUUAAAACUCUGACCCAGUUUGUGAUUUUUGGUUGUCCCUGGAUUCUGGGUUUCUUCGUUAAUAACAGUAGUAUGAUGCAGAUUCUCUUUCUGAUCCUGAACUCACAGCAAGGAACCUUCAUCUUCCUGGUCUACUGUGUCCUCAAUAAUGAGGUUAGACAGCAGUAUGUGAAGUGGAUGAGAGCUGUUUUUCCCGGACUCUAACGAAAUACCCUAAAAGUCCCCCCACCCAAAAAACUGAGGCCCAGAUAAUUCAUGUUUAGUAAUUGUAAUGCGUGUGUGUGUUUUUAUUUCAGAGGGCAAACAUACUGUGCAUAUAAUAGUGUUAAUUUGUAUUGUUUUUCAUAUUUCAUUUACACAUUAUAAUUUUUAUAUCUACUAUUAUAAACUCUUUUAUUAUGUGUCAAAUUAUAUUAUAUGGCACGGGACCAUAAUGUCAUUAAUUGUCCAUUAACUUUGCAUGAUCAAUACUGAGAAAGGAACUGUUCAGAUUAUUCAGUAAAUGCUUUGUUCAUUUUUACAAUAAUUUAGUCUCCUGCCUUCUGCUAUAGGCCUAUUCUCUGGGCUGGUAAAUGAGAUUUAGCAACAUUAUUCUGUAUUUGGUCAGUUUUUUAAUUCUUCUAGGAAAGCUAAAGGACCUGUUAUUGCAUUGAGAGAUGCAGUGUGUGAAAUGAUAGCACCAUAGAAACAAACUUCAAGAGCCUGUGGGAUAAAAACUGCAGAGAGGAAGGCUGAAUCCGAAACAGAAUACUUCCAUACUAUAUAGUAGGCAAAAAUCACUAGGCGAACAAAUAGUAUGUCAGAAAACUUAGUAUACGUAAAAUGUUAGGUGAGAAUUACAGUGAUUUUGGACUAUUUCUCGCGAGAUUCAGAGGCACGUGUACAUAAGUAGCGUCCGAAACCGUUUACUUACCUACAAUAUAGUUGGAGAAACAGUAAGCGAACACAGUAAUAUGUCCGAAUCCUCAGUAUUCAUAAAAUCAGUAGGCAAGAAAUCCCCAGAUGCCCUACUGAGUCCACACAGAUUCUGAAGCAAGCAUCAAUGGACACUU